UUCUUGGAGCAAUGGAAUAUCUUCUGCUCGAACAGCCAACUCAUGUAGCCUUAAGCAACAGUACCAUCUCACUUGAAUUCCACCAUUAUUAUGAUGGAAACGUGACGCUGAAAAACGUGUCCAUCUUGCUGCUGGAAGCUGGCACCAACCAAACUGUUGCAAAAAAACAGCUCUCACAAAACCAGUACCAAGAUAUCGUCGUAUUUGAGUGUUAUCAUUUUAAGAGUGUGGGGAGCUACUGGUUCAGAAUGGUCUCUGAAAUCAGCAACAGCUCCAGUACCUGGUGGAAUGAAGAGAGUCUUCCUCUUGUUGUGAAGUGGCCUGAAUUUCAUAUUGAUCUAAGGAGGACCCCAGAGAGACUUGGGAAUUCCCUUCAGCUCGGGUUGUUUACCAGUGAAUACUUGUGUCCAAUGAAUAAGACGGUGAUUUCUCUGGAUGUAAUACUGACUAGCAGCUUGUAUGACUUAGGAAAAUUGAUCUCAGAUGAGACUGUAGGCCUGAGAACUUACAAAGAACUGUCUCUUUCUAGGUCUCAGUGGGUGACAGUUGACUGCCAUGUCGUUGGCCAGUUACAGUUAGCAUAUGUUGCGGCCUUACUGAAAUCAACGACGAAGCAUUCCAUCAUUGCUUCAACGGGACCUGUUGACCUUAUGCACAGGUUUGGAUACAAGAUCCUUGUAACACAGGAAACAAUGUGUGAGUCUUCUGUUGUGGUUUCAGUCAUUCCUCCUCCAUGCACUUCUGCUGGGGGGCACAUUGUUGUAUUCAAAGAGCCUCUUGAACCUCCGAGUCAAAAGGCACCGAGGAUACAAGAACGCAUCCUGAAUCCAGAGGACAACCAGAUAGAAUUCAACUGCACUCUGUUUGACGAGGGAACAAAUAAAUACUGUUUUGAGUUUAGACGGUCGAGCCGAACUGAUUCUCUGCCACAAGCAAAAGAAUGUGUGCUAAUUCUAAGGAAUAUCG